ACGAAUAUUUAAAGCCAGAUCUCACCGAAUGGUUGUCUCAUUCUUAGCGCACUCAGCUGCCAAUACAUAUAAAUUUAGUUCAAAAACGGGAAAUUUUUUGAAUUCUUUUUCAAAUCUGCUGUUUAAGACAAAUGAAAGUUUAACCGACGAUCAACAGAUUAGUUUGUCAACAGUGUUAAAUAUUACCGGCGUAUUGAAGUGAAUUAGAAAUGUGUUAAAUAACUUGGAAAACAAUCAAUCAAAUUGGCGUAAAUUUAGCCAAAUUGCUAUCGCCCAAUUUCCAUUGCAGUAACAACAUGUGGGCAAACACUCGCACACACACUCGCAAAUAUGUAUAUUUUUUGUAAUUUAAUUUUGACCAUGCAAUUGUUGUACUGAUGCAUACAUACGAACCAUUGAGGCGAGUGCAAAAUAGGCCAUUUGGCUCUAGUUUGUAAAAACAUAUCGCCCAAGCAGGUGGUUGCUUUGCGGAGAAAAACUAUUGUGCAAAAUUUUGGCAUAAAUAAUUGAAUUUGUUGUUGUUGUUGUUGUUGUUGUGAAAGAAACAAGCAAUUAAAAUGGAAGUGUAAACAGCAAGUGGUUAAGUGUAAAAGUGCCGUUAAAUAUAGAAAUGGAAUUGACAGUGCAACGGCGCAUACAAACUUGAUUAUCAACAAUUCUGCGUUGACGUAGCCUUUAUCACGACAGCCAGCAUUAAAAGCGCUUACAUCGUCUUUCGAUUACGUCACACCUUUGCACAGUUAUUUCUGCAUAUGCUUGGCAUGUAUGUAUGGAAGUGAAGGGUAGAGUGCAAUGCCAAUCGGAAAUCGAAAGCGGCCGGAUACGCUGGAAUUAGAGGUGCUUGGUGCGCGCCAAGCGGAGUCUUCCGACAAUGAGGAUUGCGGUGUCACAGCAUGUGUGCUGCCAAGAGCACACCACCAGAGCUACCAACUGCAGGCGGAUCAGAAAGAGCCGGCAUCAAAAGCACAAUACUUCCAGGCAGCCAAGCAUUGCAUAUCCGACAGCGGCGCAAAACCGUCCAGUACGCUACAGCAAAAACUAUAUUCACCAUCCCGAUCGGCUGAAAAACGACGACACAGCUGGUUUCAUUUACGUCGCAAGCCUCGUCCUGCGCCUACAACAAUAGCGGUGUGUGACAGCAGCACCGAGCGCACUGCUCCUACAAACACCGUUCCUGCAAACUUAGCCAAGCCGGAGACAACAGCUGCCUGCAGCCCAACCACCGCCAUCAGUAAAACGCUGCCCCAAAGCCAAACCGUACCCGAUGUUGCGGCCGUGUUCACUAGACGCGACUCCAAAAAACGACGCAGCCGCACACAAACCGACAGCCUUUACAGCCUAGCGACGCUUGCCCAAUCGGGCGAAAUACGACAACAAAAACACGCCGAAGCGAAUAAAGCUGAGGCUCAUGCGAACACAACAAUCACUCCGGCGCCCUGGUCAAAUUCGGGUAAGCAAAUAAAUGAGCCACUGACAGGAAUGAAAGCAGCAAUUUAUUUGAGUGAGAACACCGACGCUCCACACCAGACUAGCGCAUUUAUAGAUCGCGGUGUUCGCGAUCAUAUGCUGCUCACUUCGGAGCUCGCGUCAGUGGAGGAUGGGGUCGAUGGCGCCAUGCCUGCUCCAGUAUCCGGUUUUCGGGCGCGGCUUUUGUCGGUGCUGGGCAAGUUACCAGGUUGGAAGCGCAGCGACUGCAUGCGUCGGCGAUCACGUACGACCGCCGCGGCUACCGCUGCAAUGGCAAAUGAUGGAUCGUUGGGUGCGAACGCUGAGACUGAGAGUAUAAGCGGCUGUAAAAGCCAGAAACCGAAUACUGAAUUUGAACAGUUUUCGAUGUCUCCGGGUGUUAACGGUGCUGGCAGUGACAAUGGCGUACGAAGGCUGUCACAAUUGCGACGUCGGCGCAGUUCAUAUUACUUUUCGGAGAACGAACGCAGAAUUCGAGCCAACGACCGAGAAUUUAAUGCCCAAUUCAAAUACGCCGACAAUUUCAUUAAAACGUCGAAGUAUACACUGUUGACGUUUUUGCCAUUUAAUCUGCUCGAACAAUUUCAACGUCUUGCCAAUUUCUAUUUCCUGUGCUUAUUGGUGCUGCAACUCAUACCAGCGAUAUCAUCCCUAACACCCGUCACCACCGCCAUACCGCUAAUUGGCGUAUUAACAUUGACUGCGGUUAAAGAUGCCUACGAUGACAUUCAACGCCAUCUGUCAGAUUCUCAGGUGAAUAAUAGAAGAUCGAAAACAUUGAGGAAUGGUCAAUUAAUCGAUGCGAAAUGGUCAGGAGUACAGGUUGGGGACGUGAUACGGCUGGAGAACAAUCAGUUUGUGGCCGCCGAUAUACUGCUGCUGACAACAUCCGAACCGAAUGGCUUGUGUUUCAUCGAGACUGCCGAAUUGGAUGGCGAAACGAAUUUAAAAUGUAAGCAAUGCUUGCCAGAGAUCACGGAACUGGGGCAGCGGCAUGAUCUUCUGUGGAACUUCAAUGGUGAAAUAAUCUGCGAGCGGCCAAAUAACUUACUGAACAAGUUCGAGGGCACACUGAUAUGGCGCAAUCAUAGGUAUGCGCUCGACAAUGAGAAAAUCCUACUUAGAGGCUGUGUGCUGCGAAAUACACAAUGGUGCUAUGGUUUAGUCAUAUUUGCGGGCAAGGACACAAAACUAAUGCAGAAUUCGGGCAAAACACAGUUCAAAAGCACCGGUGUUGAUAGACUGUUAAAUUUUAUUAUAAUUGGAAUAGUACUUUUUCUACUCUCUAUAUGUGCGUUCUUCACUUUGGCCUGUGCCAUCUGGGAAAACCUUAUCGGCCAGCAUUUUCAGGUAUACUUACCCUGGGAACACAUCAUACCAAAAAAUGUUGCACAAGGCUCCACCGUUAUUGGUCUGUUGGUUUUCUUUUCCUAUGCAAUCGUCUUAAAUACUGUUGUGCCAAUAUCUCUCUACGUUUCAGUAGAGGUUAUACGUUUCGCGCAAUCAUUUCUCAUCAAUUGGGAUGAGGAAAUGUACUACGAACGCUCGAAAACUCAUGCCAAAGCACGUACCACCACACUCAACGAGGAGUUGGGACAAAUACAAUAUAUAUUUUCAGAUAAAACUGGCACACUAACACAGAACAUAAUGACAUUCAACAAAUGCAGUAUUAACGGUCGUACCUACGGCGACGUCUUCGACCUGCGCACAGGCGAAGUGAUCGAGGUCACGGAUAAGCAAAAAUAUGUACAGAAUUGCAACUGUAAAUUGAGUGGCAGUAAUGCCGCCAGCAAAAUCACACCGGCACCAACAAUCCUCUUGCACAGCGCCGAAGUACAUCCGAAGAGCACAAUUAUGGUCUCCAGUCCCGAGGACGGUGGCACUGCUGACAUCUCCAUAGCACCAGUAAGCUUGACGACCUCCCCCAAAGAAAUUCCAUUGCCCAACACUACAAAAACGACGGCUCAAUCCACUGUGACGAACUCAUUAGAUGACACCACACCGUCGCCAGCGAAAACUGAACGCCAUGUCCAAUACGAUGAGAGUUCCAUUAGUCCGACAUCAGCUGCGACAAAUGCGCACCAGUCGCCAACAUGCAAUCUGCGGCGCCAAUGCUCCACGCUGUCCAAUUCGAGCGAUAAAGCUCUUGAACCGGUGGACUUUUCGGCGAAUCCCGAAUUCGAGCCAGAGUUUCGUUGGUACGACAAGACGCUGCUGGAUGCAGUGCGUUCCGACGAGGAACAUGCGCAAAAUUUCUUCCGCCUGCUCGCGCUUUGUCACACCGUGAUGCCCGAGUAUGUGGAAGGACGCCUAGAAUACCAGGCGCAAAGUCCCGAUGAGGCAGCCUUGGUAUCGGCAGCGCGAAAUUUCGGCUUCGUUUUUCGUUCACGAACGCCGAAUAGUAUAACCAUAGAGGUGAAAGGGAACCGAGAGGAGUAUGAACUUCUGAAUAUUAUAGACUUUAAUAACGUGCGCAAGCGCAUGUCGGUGAUAUUGAGGCGAGGCGAUGACAUUAUACUGUACUGCAAAGGUGCUGACAAUGUGAUUUACGAUAGGUUAUGUACUAGUCAAAACGAUAUUAAGGCGCGUACCCAGGAUCAUUUGAAUAAAUUCGCUGGCGAAGGUUUACGAACACUGGUACUCGCCGAGAGACGUCUUGACGAAGCCUACUACAUAGAGUGGUCGCAGCGGCAACAAAUAGCGGCAGUUUCGCUGGACGCACGCGAAGAGAAGCUCAACGCCAUGUACGAGGAGAUCGAAAGCGACUUGAUACUCGUCGGUGUGACGGCGAUCGAAGACAAACUGCAGGACGGUGUACCUCAGACGAUAGCUAACCUACAAAUGGCCGGUAUAAAAAUUUGGGUACUAACCGGUGAUAAACAAGAAACGGCUAUAAAUAUUGGCUAUUCCUGUCAGUUGUUGACCGAUGAAUUGGCCGAUGUCUUCAUCGUGGACGGCAGUUCACUUGAGGAAGUCAACAAGCAACUGCGCCAAUUCCGUGAAUCGGUGCGAAUACUCAAUCGAUUUAGACCAACGCCGCUAGAGCCGACAGUUAACUUGAAUCUCAAUUUAAAUGGUGCGAAUAGUGCCGAUCGGAACUCGUCUGUGAUGUAUGGCACUGGGUUGCGCACGCGGACCUCACCGCCGCCAGCGCCAGCGAUAUCGGUGGUUACCUUUAGGUGGGAUGAUGACAAAAUUAAGCAUAAUAAGGGCGAACCGGACAGCGCCGAGUGCAAUGAACUGUAUGACAAUAUUGAGAAAGGUGAAGAGGGUGCGAGUGCAUUGCACCCGGAUGAGGUUAUAGAAGAGAAUACUGGAUUCGCUAUUGUUGUGAAUGGACAUUCAUUAGUCUACUGCCUCUCGCCUGAAUUGGAAUCAAAAUUCCUGGAUGUGGCUUCACAGUGCAAGGCCGUCAUUUGCUGUCGCGUAACGCCGCUGCAGAAAGCCUUAGUGGUGGAGUUGAUUAAGCGCGCCAAGAAUGCGGUAACACUGGCAAUCGGCGAUGGCGCCAACGACGUCUCAAUGAUCAAAGCUGCUCAUAUAGGCGUUGGCAUCUCCGGUCAGGAGGGUUUACAAGCGGUACUGGCCAGCGACUAUUCGAUAGCGCAGUUCCGCUACUUGGAGCGUCUGCUGCUCGUUCAUGGCCGCUGGUCGUACUAUCGCAUGUGUAAAUUCUUGCGCUAUUUUUUCUAUAAGAAUUUUGCAUUUACCCUGUGCCACUGCUGGUAUUCGUUCUUUUGCGGCUUUAGCGCGCAGACGGUGUUCGACCCGAUGUUCAUAUCAGUAUACAAUCUGUUCUACACCUCACUGCCGGUGUUAGCUUUGGGUGUGUUCGAGCAAGAUGUCUCCGACAAGCACAGCAUUGAAUAUCCGAAGUUAUAUACACCCGGACUGAAAAGUCAACUGUUCAACACGCGCGAAUUCGUUUACAGCGUCCUGCAUGGUGCCUUCAGUUCGCUCAUAUUAUUCUUAAUACCAUACGGCACGUACAAGGAUGGUGUCUCGCCAAAUGGACUCAUACUGAGCGAUCACAUGACCUUGGGUGCGGUUGUUGCCACCAUUCUCAUAAUUGACAAUACUGCUCAGAUAGCCUUGUAUACUUCAUAUUGGACGAUAUUCAAUCACAUAACCGUUUGGGGUAGCUUGGUAUGUUUCUUCGUGUUGGAUUAUUUCUAUAACUAUGUCUUCGGUGGCCCCUAUGUCGGCUCACUGGCGAUGGCUAUGAAGGAUUUGACCUUCUGGGCGACAAUGGUUAUAACAGUUAUUGUGAUAAUGGCUCCUGUGUUGGCCUACAAAUUCUACCUAAUCGAUGUAUAUCCAAGCCUAGCUGAUAAGAUACGUCUUAAAUGUCGCGUGAGCACACGCCAGUCCCGUCAAAGUAACAUGGUAAUGCGGACACCUUCGGCCAGAAAAGCACGACGUUCGUUGCGCUCCGGCUAUGCGUUUGCACAUCAGGAGGGCUUUGGUCGACUCAUUACUUCGGGUAAGAUCAUGCGCAAAUUACCGCAGGAUUUCGCAUUCCCAUUGGGCUUGGGCAGUAAAAAGUUGCAGCCGCAAACGAUAGAUGGCAACGAGGGCAAAGGUAAUCAAAACAAUAACAACAGCACUCGAAGUAACAAAAACUCGUCGACGGGAUAUCUCAACGAUACCGAUGCCGAGAGCGCUGCGGGCGGUGACAGCAGCAAUGGCGCUCGUAGCGAUGAAAACGUAAGCCCACGUGCACCUUGCCAAGACUUAGAUACAAUUAAUCUUUAAGUUAAUUAACGUAUGUAUGUAUGUGUAGCAUAUAGAAAGCGAACAUUGAACGAUUGGCAGGCAUCAGCAGUUCAAUCCAUAUGACACCAAAAGAAUAAACCAAAAAGCAAAUUGAAAAUUACAAAUUACAAAUUCCAAAUUGCACAUUGCAAUGGAAAAGGAGAACUUGAAUUAUUGCAAUCAAGGCACAAGAGGAAAGUUUUAACAAAAUGCUGUAGCAAUUAGUUCGUAAUUAUUUAAGGACUCUACAAUCAACUAGAAAACCCAAGAACCUUUAUAGUCAUAGAAUUAUUAUAUAUACCUACAUAUAUGUAUGUUAAUACUGUACGAUCAGGUGAUUGUGUUUAAUUAUCUACUAUUUGUAAAUAUUUUGAUAAAACUACGCAAUUAGUAUGAAAAACAAACAACAAAAUUAUUUGAAAUCUGUAAGGCAGAAGUGAAGAAAUACAAAAUUUCAAAAUUUAUAAAAUAAAAGCUUUAAUAUUUAGUAAACAGCUUUAACGAUAUCUAAAUAAGUAAUAGCCACCCUUUCACAUGCACAUGCGUGUGCAUAGAUAAUAAAGAGUGCUUGUAUGGCUUAGUCUGCAGAUCGAUCUGCAGGGAAUCCCUCUUAUCUCUCAAAUUAUGAAAAUGUUGGAAAUUUUUACAAUUAUAUUAGCGCGUAAAUAUAUGUUAAAAAGAAUCUCAUCUCAAAAACCGACUCAAAACACAAAGUUUCACAAAAAUGUAUUAUCGUUUAUAAAAUAAUCAUAAAUAACCAUAGAGAUUUUGUUGCUUGUAUACACUCGUCAGUUGGGAGGCCACGAUACUUAUACUUUUAUGAAUCAUCAAAGUGAUAAUAACAACAAAACUGUAUAAAAUCCUAAAUUGUUAACAUAUUCUUGCAGAAGCAUCAGAGUUUCAAUUAUAUUGACAUGAUCUUGGUUCUAAACUUGUACUUUGAGUAAACCAAAAAAAAAUCUUAUUUUUUUUUAUUAUUUAAGAACUCCAGUGCAUACGUUAUUUAAAUACUUAAUUUGUUUAUACAAUACAUUUUCUAUAUUGCUUAUUUAAUAAGAGAUGUUAAUAAACAAGGGAAAUCUUAUGAAAAUAUUCAAAAAUAAAGAGAAGCGAUUUUGAGUUUUUCUUCAUAAAAAAUUAGCUAUUUCUUUUUCACGUAGAAAGUUUGCUGAUUAUAACAAUGCAUUAAACCCUUCAUAUUCUUAAUAUUCUUAAUAUUUCCAUAAAACAAUUGCAUUUUUUUGCAUAUGUCUCUAAUAUUACCAUUACUAGUGUCAGUCAAUUAUUUCCGAAAUCGAAAUAGAAAACAAUAUAACACCAAAUGAUGCGGAUGUGAUGAAGUUCUCUGAUUGGUGUUCUGCAAUUUAGAAUCAAAGUGAGGAUAUGUUGGGACGAUGACGAGAACCGUUGUUAGAGUGAAUGAGGCUUAACAGUUUUAAGAUAUAUUUUUAGUAACAAACAACUUUUUAUUUACAUACAAAUAUUAAUCAAUUAUGUUAUCUUAUACCUCUUACAUGGCGAAACGAAGUACCGUUACAAUAAGCAGAAUAGCAUUUCACAAGAAUUUAAAUUUAUUUUCUUAAUUCAAAUAAUUUUAACUUGUUUAUUAUAAAACUAUAAUUUUUUGACUUUUUCACAAACAAGUUUAAUAAAUUUAAGAUUAUUUGUCACACUAAUACACUCGAGUUCCUUUUCGCUCCGUUGCAUUAGGAAUAAAGCUAAAUCAAAGAGUUCUUAUUUGACAUGUAAAUCUUCCAAUGUGCUAAGUGCUAAAGGUUAUCGAGUGUGAACUACUAAAUUCAUUUUUAUAGAUUAUGACUAAAAAUAUUAGAAAAUACUUUUCUAAACCGUUUUCAAAAGAUAAGAUAUUUAGAAGAGGCAUACAAAUAUGAUUGGCUUUUAAACUAUUUGAAAAUAUGUGAAGUUGAAUGCGCAGUAGAAAUAAUGUAAAAUUCAAAUUAUAUAAGCCACAAAUGUUAAAUCUUUAGUUAAACAAAAUAUUUAUUUGUAUUAUUAUAAGUUUCAAGUUAACGGCUAAUAAAAGAAAAUUGUCAAGUUUUGCCUUAAUAUAAUAAUCAAUAUUUCAUUGAAGUAACUCUUUCUAAACAAAUAAACUGGAAUGUUUGGACCAAUGAGAAUUGAAAUUAUCCGUAGAGAAUUGUUACCUAAACAUAAAAAGAAUUGUGAUUAAUUACAACUUUUUUAUACAAAGCCAAAAUAUCUUACGAGUAGUCUUAAAUCUUGCCUGCUCGCUUUAAUUAGAAUGUCAGUGUUCAUUGACGUCCAAUUCCUAUACCAAACUAGCAAGUGUACUUAUGUUCGUAUGUAAGAUAGUGAUUAUAGUAGAUUUACUCAUAUACACACAUACAUACAUGCAUUCAGCGCUAAAUGCUUUUCAAUAUGCAACUGAUCUUUAGUAGAGCAGUAGUACACAUACUCACAACACUGAGUAUCGUGGGGACGUAGGGAAGCAUGCGCUCCGCUAUUAUAGUUGUACUAUUCUAUUCAAUAUGUAUUUUUAAGGCGCUUUAAGUUUUGAACAUUGAUGAUUAAUGUUGAACAUUGUUUUUAAUAAAGAAUAUUGUAUUUUUACAUAUA